AUGGUCACUGCACCUCCCAUCAUCGACUUUGAGCCAUUCUACACCGGUGAUGCCCAGAAAAAGGCAGAGCUAGUGCGACAAGUCCGUCACGCAUGCGAGAGACAUGGAUUCUUUCAGCUCAUCAACCAUCGAGUCCCGCUCGAUAUCCAAGAGGCUAUGCUUCAGCAGGCUCGGGACCUAUUCAGCCUACCAAUUGAAGUGAAGCAGAAGUACAGUCGAGGUAAUCUCAUGCAGAGUUUGACGCUUAUAGCAAAGCCGAUCUUGACCACUGACGCUGGAACAGAAAUUGAGCCCGUAAAUCUGGGAUACGAAGGCCUUCGCUCGCAGAAAUUCGAGAAAGAAGGGCCUGGUGAUCUUAAAGAGAGUUACUACCUAUCGCAGGACCUGCCUCCAGGGCAUCCUUCCACCGGAAGAUUUUCUCAAGGGUCUAAUAAAUAUCCCGAUGAGAUCCGAGAUCCAGAUCUGUUCCGGCAUACGGUGAAAGACUACCACGCGGUAAUGUCCGAUCUAGGACUGAAGAUAUUCCAGGUGUUGGCUCAAACGCUGGACUUGGAUGAGAACUGGUUCAACGGAUUUUGUCACGACUCGGCCAAUAUUAUACGACUGGUGCGGUAUCCGCCCCAGGAAACGGAUGGCCAGGAACGAGGCAUCGGGGCUCACACUGAUUUUGGCGGCCUCACGAUCCUCCUGCAGGAUGACAAAGGGGGUCUGCAAGUGUGGGACCGCGAGGCAUCCGAAUGGGCGGAUGCCGAGCCCGUUCCAGGGGCAUUUGUGGUGAACCUAGGCAAUAUGUUGAUGCGCUGGACCAACGAUCGCUAUAUAUCCAACUUGCAUCGGGUCAUCAACAGAAGCGGACAAGAACGAUACAGCGUGCCAUACUUUAUAUCCGGAAAUCUGGACUACGUGGUGGAGUGCAUUCCCAGCUGCAAGGCGGAGACGGAGGAGGCGAAAUACCCGCCGAUAACAGUGGAGGAGUGGAUGCUGGCGCGAUAUGCGGACACAUACGGAGGCGGGCAAAAGGGAGCAGGUGAACUGUCGCAGGACGCAGUCCGCGCGAGCAGCUGA